GCGAAGGUAUCUAGCAGGGCGGGUCAUUGUUACUUGUGGUAUCAGACGAAGCUGCAGCAGCUAUGAGAUCGCUCUUCUUACUGGUAAUACUUUGCGGGUGUGUCCUUGCACAGUAUGAAGACGAUCUUGGAAGUGCCUUGCCACAAAGGGCCAUCAUUCCUGGAGCUGUCCCUGUUCCUGCAGGUCGACCACAGUUUCGUCCUAGGAUUCAAGGGACACAAGGAAGAGCUUUACAAGGUCCUGUUGGAUCUGAGGUACCACCACCUUUGAGAAUUCGUCGCCCUGGUGCACCAGGACGAGGCGGAAGGCUACAGCAACAAGGGUAUCCAUCCACUCUGAGCAGUGGAGAACCACAGAUAUCCAGAAGUACUCCAUCACCAUUAGGACCCACCCUUCCCUUACCUGCCAUUCUAGCCCAAGCACGUCCGCUUCCACCCCUGAGUACAAUAGCCCCUCGACCCAUACAGGAAGACCCAAUUGAAGAUGAAUCGGAAAUAGAUCUGGAUGCCGAGAGUCAACCUGUUUCAAUCCCAAGUUCAACUCCCUUCUCAGCUAGCCUGCCAUCACGUCCACAGAAUCUCCAGCCUGCUGUGUUCCGUCCAACAAAACCAGCAUUCAGGCCUGAAAGGCCACUUGCAAAUGCAUCUCCAAUAGAUGAAGAUAUUCCAGUUUCUAGUCGCCAGCAACUCAGACAUCCAGUUGAGGACCUGCCAGUGCCUACCCGUCAGCAAUUCAUUCAACCUGCCGGAGAUAUAAUACAUGCACGCCAGCAGUUUCGCCAACAAUCAAGACCAAUACCUGCCGAGUCUCAGAAUACAAAAGCACCUCCACAGCAGUACAAUGCAAGACAACAACAGAUCACAAGACAACCACCUCCACAGCAAGAGUUCAGCAAGCCACAGCGUGCAAAGAAACCAGUAGCUCAGAUUAUCAGGCGUUACCGUGAAGAUAACCCUGAUGGCAGCAUCACAUGGGGUUAUGAAAAUGAUGACGGAAGUUUCAAAGAAGAAACCAUCGGUGUCGACUGUGUUGUAAGGGGCAAAUAUGGUUACACUGACCCCGAUGGUCUGCGAAGAGAGUACACAUAUAACAGUGGCAUACCCUGUGAUAAAGAAGAAGAAGAGAGGAGGAAAGAGAGUAGCGAAGGUUUCGUAGACUAUCAGAAUAACCAAUACGUACUGCCAAAUGGUGAUGCUGUUAAUCUAGAGUCUGUUGUCAAAAACAAAGCAAGAAAACCAGCAGUUCAGUACAGAAACUGAAACCUCUAUAAACAUAAUUUAAAACUGCAGUGUAGAUUAUGGAUAUUGUGAAAUGAAAGCAAAUACAAACCAAUACAUGUUGUGAAAUAAGACUUUAAACACAAAAGACAAUCACAGUAAUUAUCCCUGUUCUUGUGCUACCCUUUUGUACAAGUCUUACUGACAAAUUGACAGCCUAUUAUGGUAAUAUCUAUCCAAACAACCUAGGGCAGAAUGAAAUGCUACAGAACAUGUUCAGACUGAGUUCAGUCCAUAUUUUAGGUCAUGUAGUCCUCACUAAUUUCCAAAUACAGUAAUUCUUACA